AGAAAUCACAGAAACUCAGCCCAAAAACCCUAGCACUGUAAGCCUACACCACCGCCGCAAGGAGUGGCAUAUUGCCGCCGUCCGUCGCACUCAAAGUUCGCCAUCCGUCCGUCUAUCUAGCUUCCCUCGUGCUCCAAGUCUUCAACCCCUGUUCGCUGUCACCGAUCGCAGCUGCUUCCUCGAGCUCGGCGUCCGUCGUCUUUGUCUGCUCAGCCGCGCUUCCGCCGCCGUUUGUUUGCCGUUCACGUUCGUCUUCGUUCAACCGUCGUCUUCGCUCGCGUUCUUCGCCGUUCACGUUCGCUCGGCGUUCACCGUUCGCGUUCACUCGCCGUUCACCGUUCGAGUUCGCAUUCGCGUUCGUCUGGAAGCCACGUUGCUCUGCUUCAAACUCCGCGACCAAUGCACUCUUUUGUCGCCGCCGAAAUUCUUUGAGGUAUGUAAGAAUUAAGAAGGAAGACUAUUUCAACGAAUGCAAGGUUUUGGGAUCGGGUGAUAAAACGCUGUGUUUAAGCACAUUUCCUUUCCGGGGUGGAUCUGCACUGCACAGCUUGCUCGAAGAAGAAGAAGAUGCAGUGGUACUUUGUCGCGGUGCUCCUCACCGUUCUCACCAGUUCUCAGGGAAUAUUGACAACCCUCUCGCAAAGUAAUGGAAAGUAUAAGUAUGAUUAUGCCACUAUCCCAUUUCUUGCUGAGGUUUUCAAGCUUGCGGUGUCAAGUUUCUUUCUAUGGAGGGAAUGUAAAAAAUCACCUCUGCCAAAGAUGACAACUGAGUGGAGAACAGUGAUUCUUUACCCCAUUCCUUCAAUUAUAUAUCUGAUCCACAACAAUGUGCAGUUUGCUACCCUCACAUAUGUUGACACUUCCACCUACCAGAUAAUGGGCAAUCUAAAGAUUGUGACCACUGGAAUACUAUUCAGGUUGUUCUUAGGGAGGAAGCUUUCAACCUUGCAGUGGAUGGCGAUCGUGCUGUUGGCUGUUGGGACAACCACAAGCCAGGUUAGGGGCUGUGGAGAGGCUUCAUGUGAUUCACUAUUCUCAGCACCAAUACAGGGUUACAUGUUAGGAGUUCUGUCAGCUUGUCUCUCAGCUUUAGCUGGAAUUUAUACCGAGUUCUUGAUGAAGAAAAACAAUGAUAGCUUAUACUGGCAGAAUAUACAGUUAUACACGUUUGGUACAAUCUUCAAUAUGGCACGACUUGCUUUGGAUGAUUUUAGAGGUGGAUUUGAAAAUGGACCCUGGUGGCAACGUAUAUUCAAUGGAUACACUAUCACUACUUGGAUGGUGGUAUUAAAUCUAGGGUCUACUGGUCUUUUGGUUUCCUGGUUGAUGAAACAUGCUGACAAUAUUGUUAAGGUAUAUUCCACAUCAAUGGCAAUGCUUCUGACAAUGAUAAUAUCAAUAUUCCUAUUCAGCUUCAAACCUACGUUGCAGCUUUUCUUGGGUAUUAUUAUUUGUAUGAUGUCUCUACACAUGUAUUUUGCCCCAUCAAAUAUGCUAUUAGAUAUGCCAGUAACAGUUAAACCGGAUGAAGAGAGGGAGAAGCUUAUUGAAGUGUCUGUUGAUCGAAGAACACAUUCAUGAUGUCAUUCAAUGCUGUCUGUUGAUCGAAGAACACAUUCAUGAUGUCAUUCAAUGCUUUGGUAUCGACACAUUUAUUUGAAUUAGAAAAAUUCCCAAGCGAUGCGCUGGCUAAAUACUUAUUCCAUAAUAUUGUUCGUUGUGUGUUGGAUUCUAAUAAAAAAUAGCAAAUAUAUAUUGAUACUAAAA